AUGAAGACAGCGUGCCCAACAAAGGGAAUUGCUGACGACAUUGUGAGAUCGAUAGUGAGAGAGGCUCAGAUGCUGCCUUUUGUUUUACAUAUAAAGUGUUUCUCAUUUCCGUCUGCCAGUCGUGAAGACACAUUUGGAAGUACACAGAGUGUUGUAAACUACCUUGUCCACCACGACACAACGCGCUUUACUGCGGUUUGGAUAAUGCCGAAAGACUGUUUCAACAGAAGUCCUUAUCAUCCUCUACAACUAACACUCAAAGAUGAACGCACGCUCUUAGAGCUCGAGAAAGACCUGGUCGAGGACACUUUCCGUAAGUAUGAAGAGUUUGUUACGAGCAGCUCACAGGUAAAUACUGCCCGCUGGAAUCAUGUCAAAUCCAAGGACGACCUCCACAUCUACGUCAAGCGCACCAAGACGACAACGGAAAAUAGACGACCUUAUCGAUGCAACCAACAAACAGAAAACGAAUGCAGGAAAAAGCCCAUAGUGCUCAGCGUUGGGACGUUCAAAGGACAGCUAGAUGACCUCAUGUUCGGCACUGUGAAUCCAACGGAUGACAUUAUGCAUGUCAAAGCCUCAUACGUCCAUGAUUAUAGUGAUGGGGCUGUGCUGGCUACGCUUGUGAAACCUACAGCAACCGAUCCAUUUCGUUCUGUGACGGUCAAGUGGCUACGAAUCAAUUUGCCUCUGAGCAACACAAAGCUUACCAAAGACCGGGAUUUCCUCUGUCUUGAGGCCUCGGGCAUCUUGCAUUUUGCAAACGGUGAACGAGUUGGCUAUCUAAUGCUGCACUCUAUUGACUCACCGCAAGUGCAGCCAUUACCAAAUAUCGUUGAUCCCGGCGGUAAUAUCAUGGAAUCACUGCUGUUGUCUGUGUGUGCCAAUGCGCUGCUGUCGGCUACAAACUACGUCGAGUGCGGGCUGAUGAAAAAACUGACGUGGAUACUGCAAAAGCGCCAGGAAUCACUGCGUGAGUGUAACUUGGCUCCGGUGCUGCGCCAUGAAGACAUCUGUAUCACGUGCAACCGUGAUCUUCAACCAUGUUGUGUCAGGAAUUGGUGGAAGGAUAAAUGCAUGAUGUGUUUGGGUGGGUUAUGCUUUGGAUGCAAGAAAGUGAAGACUAUUAGCUUUCUUUCACCAGGUCGAAAACUAGUACGACAAAAGAUCAUCUUUUGUGGUGCGUGUGUUACAAUGGGCACUCGAGUGAGCGCUUUGGACGCAGCACGCGACCAAGCUAAUGGUUAUCAGCCCUACACUUCUACGAUUUAG